AUGAGGGAGUGGGCUAACAGUGACCUUUUCUGUGGGGAACCAGCAGCUGACGUGUGGCAUGAGGAUUCUGUAGGUCGUUAUGAGGGGGAGCGUUUUUGUUGCUGGCAGCUUGAGGGGAGCGGGGUAGCUUGGGAGGCAAGACAACUCAAGAGAGAGGUAAAGAGCUUGGAAAGACAGAGUAGAGGGAGAUUUGGAUUGGCCGAACCACUACAAGAGAGGGAUGAAGGCCGUGUUGAUGCCUUUCGCUUUGACCGUGUUAGUGAGAUGACUGAGCAACUGGAGGCACUCACAACACUGAGGAGAAUGAGAUUCAAAUGGGGAACUUGGCGGUUCUCCAUCAGCCAAAGCUUGGAGGGAGGAGAAAAUAAUCGACUGGUGCAUGUAAUCCCUACAUGCUCAGCAGACAAGUUUGAUUCCUUCCAUAAACGCAGAUCUGUAUCAAGUGUGAAAGAGAUGAAUUUGAUUAGUGUUGUUAUAUCUGGACAUCUGGAUCCUUCUACUAUAAUAUCGCCACCUGUACUUGUCUCAUCUUCAUGCUCCACAAACGAGACUGUAGUAGUAGAUUUUGAUGCAGAAGUCGAAACAGCCACAUCAAGUCAUGUCAAUUAUGCUGCCCAUACUAAGGAAGUCUUUAAGUAUGAUAGCAAAGGGGAGAUAUCUAUAGUAGCUGAUUAUGAUGCAGAGGUUGAAACAGUCGCAUCAAUUCAUGCCAAUGCUACUCCCUGCACUAAAGAAACCAUUAAAUAUGAUAGCAAAGGGGAGAUAUCUAUUGGUCAGGCUACUAACGCAUCAGAGACUGGCCACAUGACACAUUUUAGACAAAUGAAUGAUGGUGUAACAACAAGACGAGACAAAGUUGAUGAAUUUGAAAGUGGAAAUCCAGAUGUUUUAUACAGUCAAGACUUAAUUGUGAGAGAUAUUAACUUGCUAACAUCAUUUUCUUCAACAAAAAAUAGAAUUAUAAAUUUCAAAUGCUUCAGAAAGGCAAGGACUCAAUCUGGGAAUAACUUCGACAAUCUUAUUCCAUUUGCAAAGUACCCGUAUAAAGAAUCUGACAAUGGGAGUGAUGAAGUAAUGCAAUCUGUGAAAGAAGAAAAAAAUCGGAAGCAAAUGGAAGCAAUUUCAGAGGAUUUAUUCAACAAUGAGAAGGGGAGAUGA